UUCGCCACGCCGGGCAACCGAGGAGCUCGAAGUCUUUAGUAAAACGGUCUCUGCCGUUUGGAAAUCCGUGCACAGCUCGCAGGAAGCUCUUGGGUCUUUGAGGAGUGAACUGGUGAAUGGAUGUCAGCCAGUUAUUACUUAAACUCUUAAGGCUGUGCGCGCUAGAACCGUGACAGAGUCAACGAUUCAUCCUCAAAAGUGACUUUCUGUAACCACAGUUCCUAGAUCUUCACUAACUUCCCUUGUGUUACUUGGGUACUUAAGCCAUUAUUUUCGCAUAGAAAUAAACUAGUUAGAAGAUUCUCGGCUAAAGGAGUCAACUAACAGAGUGGCAAUAAUUGCCUUCGCAGAAAGGUGGCGGAAUAUUAAGCAAGAAUCAAUGAUAUUUUGAAGAUAAAAAGCCCAGUUUUUAUUUCCUGAAGGACUGUUAGUUACGAUUUAUCUCAGACAAUAAUCCAUGCGCUUCCUCUGCUCCGCCUGCAACGUGAUGGACGAAGGUUUGUCACCAUUUGGGAGCUUGGGAAGGAGUGCGGGGGCCGCGUCUUCCAGGGUCCACAGUAUAGACGCGAUUUUGGGAUUUACUAAAGAAGACCCAGUUCCGCAUUUACCUUUCCCUUCCAGUAGAAACUCCAGGAGCGUAGAAGAAGAAGUGAAAGCUGCUGGUCGGGAUUGUUGCAACAGAGCGUCAAACUUAAAGCAUGAACAAGAGAACUCAGAACGUUUUGACGAGCACUUCUGCACGAAUAGCAAUGGAGAAGGUCUCCGGCCAGACAUCGUGAAAGCCAAGCAACAUGAGAAUAACUUAUUGGAUGAGGACCAGCCCAAGAAAAAACACAGGAGAAACAGAACAACAUUCACCACGUACCAACUCCACGAGCUGGAGAGAGCCUUUGAGAAAUCGCAUUACCCAGAUGUGUACAGCAGAGAGGAGCUGGCCAUGAAGGUCAACCUACCUGAGGUUAGGGUGCAGGUGUGGUUUCAAAAUAGAAGAGCCAAAUGGAGGCGGCAAGAAAAGUUGGAAACUAGUGCGAUGAAAUUGCAGGAUUCACCCAUGCUUUCCUUCAAUAGAACAUCACAGUCUUCAGCCAUGGGCACUCUGAACAGUAACUUAUCAAUGGAUCCAUGGCUCACUUCACCAAUAUCCAGCACAACUGCAUUACAGAACCUGCCAGGUUUCAUGACCACCACAACACAGGGCUUGCAGAGCAGCUAUACUCCUCCACCUUUCCUAAAUUCCCCAGCCUUAAGCCACACCCUGCAACCAAUGGGUGGCAUCACUCCCUCAACCUUUCAAUGUGGGACCCCUUAUGUGGACAAAUUUCCUCUGGAAGAAGCAGAACAGAGAAACUCCAGUAUAGCUUCCCUAAGAAUGAAAGCCAAAGAACACAUCCAAUUCAUUGGGAAAAGUUGGCAGACUAUCUGAGGGAGGUGGCAGAGAUGAUGAACAGAGAUGUCUUUUAAUAAUCCUUUAUAAUUGUUUAAAAUGCUGAUUAGAACUUUAAAAUUGGGAUGUAAAAAGGUGUUAUUAAAUGUCAAAGAAGCAGAAUCUUUGUGUAUUAUUCCCAGGAACUUUAAUUUGUUUUUAUUUUUGUAUAUUUGUUGUUAAUUGUGUAUUUGCUGUAGAUGCAAUAAUUUUGUGUUUCUUAUGGUCUGUAGUUUCCUAAGUGAAUGCUAGAUGUCACAAAUUAAUGGUUUAAACCAAUUUUAAUAUUUUUGUACAUUUUAUAUCAAUACCCUGUAAAAUGUGCAUUUGAUUGUAGAAAGAUUAAGAAAUAACAAA